AUGUUUGUCAAGAAAUCGCUGUGGGCAGCGGCGCUCGUCACGCAGACUUGCGCGGCUGCGACGGCCAAGCCGAGGGAUGACGCGAAGUGCACCAAGACUACGGUCGCAAUUCUUGGAGGUGGAAUGGCCGGUGUUGCUGCAGCUCAAGCUUUGUCCAACUCGUCUAUUCACGACUUCGUGAUUAUCGAAUACCGUGACACUCUUGGAGGCCGCGUAGCCCACACUGACUUUGGCAAAAAGCCCAAUGGUGACCCGUACACCGUUGAGCUGGGUGCUAACUGGGUGCAAGGACUUGGCUCUCCUGGUGGCCCCGAGAAUCCAAUCUGGACUUUUGCCAAGAAGUGGGAUCUGAACAACACAUACUCCAACUACAGCUCGAUUCUCACAUAUAACGAGACCGGGUAUACCGAUUACUCUGCUCUCCUCGACGAGUAUGAGGAUCUGUAUGAUGACGCUGCUGAGCAAGCUGGUGUCCUCCUGAAGCAGAACCUGCAGGACCAGACUGCUCGUACUGGUCUUUCGCUGGCUGGCUGGAAGCCCAAGAAGGACGACAUGAAGCGCCAAGCCGUUGAAUGGUGGGAAUGGGACUGGGAGGAUGCCUACUCUCCCGAGGAGUGCUCAUUCAUCUUCGGCUCAGCCGGCCAGAACCUGACCUUCAACCAAUUCAGUGACGCCAACAACUACGUCUGGGACCAGCGUGGCUACAACCGGAUCAUCAAGAAGGAGGCCUCAACUUUCCUGAAAAAUGAUGACCCCCGUCUCCACCUGAAUUCAGUCAUCACGAACGUGACCUACUCCGACGACGGCGUAACCGUCUACAAGGAGGACGGAAGCUGCGUGCAAGCCGCCUACGCAGUGUGCACCUUCUCCCUAGGUGUCCUGCAGAACGACGCAGUCUCAUUUAGCCCGGAACUCCCACACUGGAAACAGACCGCGAUCGAGAAGUUCAGCAUGGGCACCUACACCAAAAUCUUCCUCCAAUUCAACGAGACCUUCUGGCCCCGCGACACGCAGUACUUCCUCUAUGCGUCGCCGACAACCCGCGGCUACUACCCCGUGUGGCAAUCCCUCUCGGCACCAGGCUUCCUCGAGGAAUCGAACAUCAUUUUCGUGACAGUCGUUUCCCAAGAAGCAUACCGCGUCGAGCGGCAAUCCGACGAGCAAACCAAGGACGAAGUCAUGGCCGUCCUGCGCCAGAUGUAUCCCGACAUCGACAUCCCAGAGCCCGAAGCGUUUAUGUAUCCCCGCUGGAGUACGACCCCCUGGGCGUACGGAAGUUACUCGAACUGGCCUCCCUCUACGACUCUCGAAAUGCAUGAGAACCUGCGUGCCAAUGUCGACAGACUCUGGUUUGCUGGGGAGGCGACUAGUGCUGAGUACUUUGGUUUCCUACACGGUGCUUGGUUUGAGGGUCGGGAUGCGGGUGACCAGAUUGCUUCGCUUCUUAAAGAUGAGUGUUCCAAUGUUCAUAGUACCUCGGAGGAAUGUGGUAACCGCGUUUACUAUGAGACCCUCCAUGGUUCGUCCCCUCUGGCGGAUUACAGUGUCUUUGAUGGAUGGUCGGUUAGCAGCUUCUACUCGAGCAGCUGA